CGUUUCAGAAAAUUGAAAUUGAAAUUUGCAAAUCCAGCCGGCAAUCAAAAAUUUUUCCAAAAAAUGACAAAUCAAUCCGAAACAAAGAAAUUGGGCCGAUCCGUAUACAACGGUUUUUUCAAUUGUCAGUGUUGGAGCAUUGCAGCGUGCCAUUUCAGAAUCCAAUUUUUCUUCUCGAAACAUCCAUUAAAAUGUUCUGUUCAUAAAGUAUAUGACAAACGAGUUGCUGCCAACGCUUCAAUUUUUUUUUUGUUAAAGUCCAUUGCAAUGCAUGCAAUUUAUCCAUUGCUUUAUUGUUUUUGUUUCUGAAUGUUUAUUUAACUGUAUAUCAUAUGAUAAUUCAGAAAUUAAUCAUCAAGCUGUUUAUUUAUAUUCGUUUGAUUGUUUCGUGGCUGUUGAAACAAACACACACACACAUUUUAUUAUCUCUUAUGUGAUAUUUUUAUUUGGCAUUUGUAAUUAAAGUUUGAAAAAAAUAAAUAUAUUGCAUUUAUAUACCUUUCAGGCGUAAUCAUUGGUUUGUCUUCGUGGUCAAUUGCAUUUUCAAUUCAUCAUUCAACCAACACAAUUAACCUUGAUUUAUACAUUUUCACAUUCUAUACUAGCCACGAUUGAUGAUUUACUUUUAAUAUAACUAUCAUUAUUGGAAAUGCUUCUUUUUACAUCUAAAUUAAAUUUACAACUCAUCAUUGUUUAAAAAUUUUAAAUUAUUGUUUAAAAAAACAUGGAUAAAAAGCGAUCCACAUCUUCAAUGUCUAUUUCCAAUACAUUCGAAUCAUUGCCACCAUCUUCCUCUUCAUCAUUUGCAAUGCCUAUUCAACCACCAGAAAGAAAUUUACUGGAUUUUCCAAAUGAAAUUCUACAUGAAAUUUUCAAAUUCAUUUCUUAUGAACAGAUUUCAAAAAUGCGACUCGUUUGUCAUCAUUUUAAUCGUAUCUGUUCAGAUAAAUUGAAUAAUGAAUUUAAUUCACUACGAAACUUUACACAACAUUUAUUUCAAACUGUUAAAAGUCAAAUGCCACGACGAGAAUCAGCACGCCGUAAACAUGCACUUGCUCGUGAAUAUGAUAUAAUCGAAACAUUGAAUAUGCGAUUAACAUUGUUACAGAUGACAUUCAGCAAGCACAUUAAACGUAAUCAUUGUUGUUUUUUUCCAGGCGAAAUUAUCGACGAAGUUCAUAGAAUUCUUAACUAUGUUAAACAGACGCCCGUCGUAAAUCGUGCAUACAAAGUAACGGAUGAAUUAUUCGACCUAUCAACAAUGGCAAUGGAAUAUUUUAAAGAAUCUAUUGAACCCAAAUUGCCUGACGUAAAUUAUCUAAUUCUUGAUUAUGAACAAUAUCCUAAUCUUCCAUCAUCAUUGUCUUCACUGGAAAAAGGCAUUAAUAGUAGCAACAGUUGCUGUAAUGGUAAUAAUCCUAAAUCUGCACGUUUGAAGCCAAUAUUUGAAUCAUCAUUAGGAAAUAAUAAUAAUCGAAAUAAACAAGCUGCAGCUGUUAUUGAUAAUUCCAAACUUAUCCGGUUAAACGAUGAUAAAAAAAAAGAAUCAUUAGUAACUUUGGAUUCAUUUGUCAAAAGUACGACAAUCCGUUUGAAGCGUUUGGAAAAAUCCAACACAGAACAUAAUCUAAUCUCACAAACAAUGAAAACUUCAAUGGAAUCAUCUAAACGUAAAUUUGGAGAGUAUCAAAAACAAUUUCGUAAACAUCAAACACAUCUAGAUGAAUUGGAUCGUAAACUGGAAGGAUUCAAUUUAAAAUUCAACCAAAUAUUAGAAGAGAUGAGCAAGAUGAGAGACAUGAUACAGAAACAAUCAGCAAGUUCAUUGAUGGAAGCUUCCACUCAAACAAGUGAACCGCACGAAAAAUCAAUCAUUAAAAUUCCUGUGGAUUCCACUAAACAGCGACCUCGACGAAAACGGCAAAAAGUAUCGGAAUGAAAUUUCAAUUUUUUUCAUCUUAAUCAUAAAAGUCAUUUUAUAAAUAGUAAA